AUGAGGACUCUUCUUGCAGUUCUUCUAGCUGCCUGUGUGGCAUUUAUUGAAAUCGCUGGACAAGAUAUGGGAACAGCAGGAGGAGGAGGAGGAGGAGGAGGAGGAGGAGGAGGAACAGCAGCAGGAGGAGGUGGUGGUGGUGGUGGUGGUGAAGGUGGCGGCGGAGGAGGAUCGUCGCAAUUGAUGAGUCAAAUGAUGAUGAUGCUUCCCAUGCUCCUGCCUAUGAUGAUGCCAAUGAUGAUGGGAGGAAUGAAUCCAAUGAUGGGAGGAAUGAACCCAAUGAUGGGAGGAAUGGAUCCUUAUGGAAAUGGGAAUGGAAAGCGCAGAAGAUUUAGGAACCGGUUUGACGAGAAUGAGAAUUAUUCUUCAGAAGGGCCGGGACGUUAUAAUGGAGCGCCGCCGAGAGAAUAUAAUGGUGCGCAGUCCGGACAAUUUAACGGAGAGCCGGGGCGAUAUAAUGGAUAUAAUGCAGGACCAGGACAUUAUAAUGGCGCACCGGGACAUUACAAUCAAGCGCCGCUGGGACAAUUUAACGAAGGGCCGGGACGUUAUAAUGGAGCGCCCCUAGGACAAUUUAAUGGAGGGCCGGGAAGUUAUAAUGGAUAUAAUGGAGUAACGGGACGCUAUAAUGAAGGGCCGGGAGGUUAUAAUGGAAAUAAUGGAUUACCGGGACGCUAUAAUGGAGGGCCGGGAUAUUAUAAUACGCCAUAUCAACGCCCUCCAUAUUAUGAGGAAGGGAUGGGUCGUCCUGGAUACCCUCCUAUGCGCCCUCCAUCUUAUAACUCAAGUCCAUACGUAGCUCGUCCACGCAGCUCCAAUGGGGGUUUCGCACAUGAGCUUGAACAUGGAUUAGAAAAUGUUAUGCGUCGCAUCCCUAUAAAAGGAAUGAGUGCCUGGAUUUAUAAUCUCCAAAAUGCGAAAGAUGUGGCAGCACCUCUGUCGGAUUCGGAAUAG